AUGAUGGGUGAUGCUUUGUCGUCAGAAGCUGGAAUCGUCUUACCUAGCUCAUCACCAACAUCACACAUACCAAUUGGUUGCAAAUCUGUCGCGAUGAGUCGACCAGAAGACACUCAUCUGCCUCAUGAGGUUUGGGGCAUCAUUCUGUCAAAGGCUUCCGAAGGUAGUCUUGGUACACUUUCCAGAGCCUGUAAAGAUAUGAAUGGUAUUGCAGUCAAGUACUUGUAUCGAGAGAUUGGACAGAGGACUCGCAAGCAAAUGAAAGCCAACAUGACGCACUGUGAGGGCGAAUGCAUUUUCCUCAUCUUGCAGAACAUACAGACGCAAACUACAGGAUACAAUCAAAACGCUCUCUCGAGAGUGCAGACAUUGCAUUUGAGCGAAUAUCUAUAUAAUAGCUGGAAGCCGGAAUUCGAAUCGGGCCUCAAACGUACACGAGCGAAUCGAAUUGCUGAAAAAGUCAAGGGACUUACUUUAGAAACAGCCAUUCAACUAGUGAAAGCUUGUACGCAAGCCUCGUUUAUAUUCGGUAAAGGUAUCUCACACUUUAAAACGUUGCUCCAAUAUUUCCCAACGACCAUUACGAAGCUGGAUAUAGCGCCUUCUCUAUGUAAUUCUCCAGAAUUUGCCGAAUUCGUCGCCAGGAAAUCACCAGUCAUCAAACACGUACAUCUAUAUCGGGAGCGAGUGAUUCGCAGACUAGAUGGUGUUGCAGCAUUCCUUAGGUCGCAACAAAUCGAGACCUUAUCAUAUACAGGGAUUCGUGGACAGGGUAUAUUGAAGGCUCUAGGAGCUAACAGCACAGAUUCCCUGAAAGAUUUGACUUUGAACAAGGUCGAUAUGAUUGAAAUGGGAGAUACAUGUCUGGCACAAUACGUCAACCUCCGUGAGCUAUCUUUGUCAGAUAUUAGGAUGAGGACUGCUCAUUUAGCGGCUUUUAAGGAUCAAAAUACUCAGCUCAGAACUCUUGCUAUCCGUAGAUCAACUGACUUCCACCCCUCCGAUAUCUCUAAUUUACUAGAAUCCAGUCGCUCCACACUAAAGACAAUCACUCUGAUACAUACUCGUACCUUCGUCCAGAUGCUCGAAGACGGAGUAUCUGACGGCCCUCAUAUCCCACACGACCUCGUAAUGCAUAUAGAUCGCCCAAUAUUCGAACUUGAUGGGUUUGGAUGUCUCACACAUGUAAACAUGUCAGUCGCAGAUGCUCGUCGUAGUAGAUUCGACACUUUUAUAGCAAAUCGUGGGAGUCAGCUCAUACGUCUUCGUCUCUCGUCGUAUACCGAGGACGAAUUCGAUGUGAGACUCAUUAUCAAUCAUUGUCCGAAUAUGAAGAAUUUGAUGCUGGAUAACUUUGACUUGACAGAAGCAAUGAUGAUUAACUUGGUAUCGACCUUGUCCAAUAUGCAGGCUUUGGAAGUUACACCCCGCUUUCGGAUUAUGGAUGUAGAUGCUGUAUUAACAGGAGCAACAAACCGUAGUGAGCUACAUGCAAAAGCAGAGAAACUCACCAUCGGAUGCCCUCCGUUUACUGGAAUCUCCACUCGCAGUGAAAAUCUACUAGAAGGCCUGCAAGGAAUCAAGCGACGUGGUAGAUGCCGAGCCUUGAAGAAACGAAUUACGGCCGCAACAACUCCUCUUAAUAUCGUAAUCGACUGGGUAGCAGGUCCGAUCAUAAAUGGUGAGACUCGAAUAUGCUUAAACGCAGUCAACCAUGAAGCUCCAGAAGACUCGGAUGACAGUGAAGAUGAAGAGGACGAUGAUGAGGAGAUAUCUGAUGGCGAGCAUGAUAAUUCCGAGUUUGAGGAUGUCUUUGCUGCUUUAGCGGCUUUACAUCACAUGCCUGGUACCAACGUAAAAGACGUCAACCCACAUGCAUUCGUAACAGCAUACGCUGCCUACUUGAAGAGAACUGGCAAGCUCGAAGUCCCAAAAUGGGUUGAUUUGGUCAAGACUGCUACUUACAAGGAAUUGGCUCCUUAUGACCCUGACUGGUUUUACACUCGUGCUGCUGCCGUCGCCCGUCACAUAUACUUGCGAGGAGGUGUAGGAGUUGGUGCCUUAAGGAAGAUGAAGAGUGGAAACAAGAACAGGGGGUCACGACCACAUUUCUCUCAAGUGUCUUCGGGUUCCGUUGCCCGAAAGGUCUUGCAAGCUCUAGAAAAGAUCAAGGUCUUGGAAAAGGAUCCUUCCGGUGGCCGAAAAAUCACUACUGAAGGCCAAAAGGAUUUGGAUCUGAUUGCUGCUCAGGUCGCCAAGACUGUGGUCGCAUAA